AUUUUAUGCUAAAGUCUAAAGUAUUUUCUGAUUUGUCAUUCCUACCCUGCAAAAUAACAAAAGUUCAGGGUAUAAAGAGAAAAUUUCAAUAAAUUUAAUUUCGAAUUAAAGUCGCGGCGGCAAGUGAAGGUCAACAGAAAAUGGCUUAAUAAUCAAUAUAUCAAACGGGGCAAAUAUUUGUUCAACUGGGCUAAUUAUGCUUUGCAAUUGCGAAGUAGGCGACGCCGUUUGCUUCAUCGAUAAGUGACAGAAAAUUGAAUGUCAAACAAACAUUGUGAAUGUCAAAGUCUUGUUGCUCCUCUAAUUGAUUGGCACGUGAAUUCAUAAGGAAAAAUCUUUGGCAAGAAAGGCGCACGAAUCUGGCGUGAAAAUCUUCACAAAUCAUAAUUGGAAAAUCGUAAAGAAGUAAUAAGAAUUACAAAGUGAUUAACAUCAUUAUAAAUAGUCUAGUGAAAAUGAUGUUAAACGUCAUUGCGGCCCUUUUGGUGAACAUCAUAGCGGCAAUCGUCACGACCAUUUUUAUGAGGAUCCUCAUCACGAACUAUAUUAUGAUGAUGGGUGUGAAUAUCAUUUUGAAGAUGACUGCGGACAUCAUUCCGAACGUCAUAAUGUACAACAUCUUGAAGAUCAUCAUGGACAUUGCUGUCGCCAUCAUUAUUAACAUAAUCAUGAACAUAGCGCUGAGCUUCCUUAUGAGAAUCAUAAUGCAGCUCAUUAUGAAUUUGAUUAUGAACGUCAAUAUAAAUAUGUUGCUGAACAUUGCAACGAAUAUCAUGAUAGACUUAAUGAUGACCGCGAUUACGAGAGUUAUUAUAAGCCUCCUAAUGAACAUACUCAUGAACAUUAGUUUUAAUAUAAAAUUGAACAUGAUUAUGACAAUGAGUGUCACUAAAAUGAUUGCUGAACUGAUAAACAAUUAACAAUCACAAAGUACUCUAACAUUAUUGUUUUAAACUUAAACUAUUGUAUUUUAAUUUACAUAUUAAAAAACCAAUAAAAGAAAUAUAAAAUUUUCUAUAA